AUUAUCAUAAAACAAGAAUAGAAUAAAUUCCGUUAAAAGAAUCCAAGGAGCAGCAGGUGAUAAUGCUAAACCAGAUUAAGGAUUAAGAUAACCAUCUUAUAAUCCAGAACACAAAGAACUGGAACAAAUACCACAAGGAACCUCUCAGUCUUCAGCCAAUCAACCGAUUGAUAACCAACCAACACCGGCUACCAAUCUUCAUUAAGUGAGUUCAACAACCGUCCAGAAACGCAUAAGAAAACAUCAGAAUGGAAAGAUUUCUUUGGCUCCUGAUAUUAAUGUUGUUUGGAUUGGGUUCCUAUGCAGUGUAUGGCGCUUGUACUGUUGACACAUCUAUAAAGGCAUUCAGAGAAGACACAGACGAAGGAACAGUUAUUCUGAAAAUACCGUUUAACAGAAAAGAAAAAUGGGAGUUUCAAGAAGAAGAACCGUUUGGCUAUCUUGAAAUGAACACAACAGCAAGCGGAGAUCAUGUGAUCACAUUUAUCCAGUCACCUGACUUAGAAGAAAUAAACCAGAAAGAUUCCAAGGAACCUGUCAUAGAAUCUUUGAAAUACACACUUAACUGCACAGAGGACGGCAUGACUCACACGUACAAGCAAAGUGUAGCUAUUGCUGAUGUCAAUGAAAAGCGGCCGUAUUUUACAAUGUCAUCUUACGCCACUGAUAUUGAUGAGUUAACGAUGCCUGGAAGCAUCAUUUUCACUCUAAACGAUAAGGCUAUAGAUGAUGACAUCACCGGGAGUAUCGCGCUGUUUCGUCUUCAUCCUUACAACGACAGCGAGGUCGAUGGAAGAGGAAAGUUCUCCCUGUCAGCUGGAGGGCGGGAAAUCAUCCUUACGGAAGUCCUUGACUAUGACACAAUGUGGCCAACUGGGUCUACGCACUACAUCCUCAACAUAUCUGUACAGGAUAACGGUUAUCCGAGUAGCCGGGUGGCAUUCACGACAUUAGCCAUCCGUAUAACCGAUGCUGAUGAUCAAGGACCUGCCUUCGUCUACCCGAAAUGUCCCUUGGCUAAUAACUUUUGCAUCACUCCGGCCUACAUUGCUUACGUACAAAGUAAUAGUACAGGUACUCUGCACGUUUAUCCGGGUUCAAUUCAAGCCGAGGACAAAGAUGUCGUUAAAAAUAACAUCCUUUACAGCAUAAUGGAAGUCCUGCCUCCGCGUUACACACAAUAUUUCUGGAUAAACUCAAGAACUGGGCAAAUAACGCAGCUCCGAAACAUCCAAGGAAGUCAUAAUGUCAGUCUUGCCAUUAAUGCAGAAGAGAUUUCGCAGCGCAGAAGGGCAAUAUCCUGCACUUUACUAGUUUUGGUCGACCAGGACGAUAGGAAUUUCAAAGACAUACCUUCACAAGUCAUAAGGAAAAACGCGAAGAUACCCAAAGACGUCCAACCAGUCAGCGGCUUUUCAUGGACUGAAGGCAGCGUUUCUAUGGUGAUAUUUUUCAUUGUUAUUGGCGGGCUUUUAAUCCUGCUCGUAGCAAUGACGGCUGCGUUUUUGGUCGCUUACACCGCUCGCAAACCAAACCGUAGUGCAAACGUAUCUUUUGAUGAUUGUAGUUCAAACAGUACUUCUGGUACUUCUUUGGGCAGCCGAGACAAUAUUUCUAGCAGCGAGGUGAGUUCGACGAGAGGGUCAGUAAACGGUGACAAAAUUCAGAUCGGCAGUCGGGAGGAACUUGAUACGACCAUCGAUGUUGAAGGUUUCGGUAUGGGUUUGUCUGCAGCAGAUGUCUCUCUCGGCAGUUUGGACGCUUGUGGUUUGACUGCAACCGCAGCAGGAAAUGAGGCUGGAUGUAAAGUUGAAGCCGUUGAACCAAUGUUCCGCCUAGCAAGGGAACAGGACUAUUUCUCGUCAGCUUGCGUUUUGCCUGGGCUGACAGAUCUUAGGGCCGACAUUGGAAGUUUUGACAAUGCUAAGAAGUGCAGUAAAUACAUUAAGAAGAAGAAAGGGAAACGGUCUUUGAGAAUAUUAGACAUGUUCUCCUCUACGAGUAAAAAGACAUCAACACUUAAAAAAAACAAUAGUCGAAGGUUCAAUUUCGGCAUUGAAAAUAACUGGCUCGAUCUUCCAUACAACUUUGAUUAACUUAAAUAAAUACAACUCAGGGUGUGUGUGUGUGUGUGUGUGUGUGAGAGAGAGAGAGAGAGAGAGAGAGAGAGAGAGCGUGUAUGAAUGUAUGCGUGCAAAUCAUUUAUCAUGCUGGCAUGAUUAUUGUACAUAAUUUUUUUUUAUACUUACACAUUUCUCCUCCUUCAACACACAAAUAUAUAACUAGGUUUGACGAUAACAGCAGAAUAUUUUCUGAUGGAAUGACUCAAUACUGAAAGUAGAGUAAAGUUCAUUGUAAAGAUCAAAUUGAAUAGGACCUCAGGUAUCGCCUAACAGCUUGUGCAACCGGUCGCUAGGUAAAACUUGUCCCGGUCAACUUGAACUUCACCAUAUGUAAAUAUGUUUGCGUAAUUUUUCAUUGCCUACCAUUCAUUGUGUUUAAUUCUCACCAAUAUACACACACAGCUCCGGUGUCAGCCUGGAGUUCUAUUCCCUAGUAUAUGAUAGUAUUAAGUAAGUGUAGUACUUAUUCAUUUACUUACGCCCUUCGCUCCCUAUGAAGCAUAGGCCAUCGAUGUCUUUUCUCCACCGUUCUCGACUUUGGUCUGUCUUUUUUGCUUCUGUCCACUUGGAUCCCUGUUUCCUAGCAGCUUCUUUCGGAUUUUGCAGCACCGCAUCAGGUUCCCCCGAGAGAAGACCUUUCUCUCCCAGAUCUUAUUAAUUUUGAAUUGUCACUGAUGCUACUAUAACUUUAUCUUUGAGAAGAGGAAGUACCUAUUAGCUUGGCUUGUAUCCUUUGACCUGUGCAGCAAGCGACGCCUUGCCAAGAGCUUGCGUUCCACAGGCAUAACUCCCAGAUUAUUGAGAUUCAUGAGUGACCACACCACAAGGACUGGACCUUGAGGUGUAGAUGCAGUAUUCAGUAAUUUUACGUUCUGCGUUCAAUUCGUACCGAGGUCGUCUAUGGCUUUCAUUCCUUCAGAGUCAACGAAAUCAAGCCCAUUAACUCAACACUAAUCAAUCCCACACUAAUGAAAAUAUAUGUGACCAUUUUGCCAAUGUUAGAACCCAGUGUCCCUUUCUUGUGGUGAAGCAUAAUUACCAAAUACAGCACCAGUUCUUAGUUACUGCGAUCAAUUACUGUCUUGUAAAUAUAUUUUCCGUUCUUCUUUAAACAGUUUAUAGGGGCCGUUGAUGUGUAAAAGUCACACACCCACCAUGGUUCCCGUAGCAGGUCUACGAAUGUAAAUAUCAUUUUAUUUGUUUUAGUCGUGAGACUAUGGCCAUGCUGUGGCACCGUCUUGAAGAAUUUUUAGUCGAAUGAAUCAACCCCAGUACAAUUUUUUUAAAUCCCAGCAC